GAGUUCCUGUGCUAAGGACUAUUGGGGAGACAAGCCGACUUUCUAUUUGAAAUGUCCAGCAGGGUUUAUGAUUAUUGUCACAAACGCGAUUUUACAUCCUGAGAGGACUAGUAAAUCAUGUGACGUUCAAAACACUCCAGAUUGUACACACAAUUUUACUGAGAGGGCUGCUGCAAAUUGUGAGUAUAGAGAAGUUUGCAGGAUACCAUUGCAUAGCUACAUUGGGAAGAAUAAAGGAAGUUGCUGUGAGGAGAUCUGGUGUCACGAAAUUGAUUACUAUUGUAUUGAAGCAAAAUGCAGAGAGCCACCAGCUCCCCUGAAUGGCACCGUAGUGACAAGAACACCUCCCAAAAUUGAAGGCGAGGCCCUUAACUCAUGGGAUCGGGGUGGUCUAGCUAUGUACACAUGUGACAACAAUUUUGAGUUGGUUGGCCAAGACACAAGAACCUGCGACCGUAGCCCAACGUGGCAUUUGUUCGGCGAACCCGAUGUUGAGUAUAAAUGGAAUGUAGUAGCCCCAAUGUGCAACAUUAGGAGAAACCUGUGCCCGCCAACGAGUAACAAGAUGGAGGUGCAUGGUCAUAUGUGCUAUGAGUUCUUCCAGCAACAGAGUACAACCCACGAUCAAGCCCAGACUGCAUGUGAAGUCAAAAAAGGAUGGAGUAUUGCCGUGGUCGCAAAUCACCAAGUGUUGAAUAUUAUCCGAAAUCAUUUGAAUCUCCAGAUCAGAUCAUCUCAAAAGUAUUGGGUAAAAGUUCACCCAGACUUUGCAGACGAACUAGAUGCCACUUGGUGUACUUACGCAUUCCUUCGUUAUACCUCUUAUGGUGUCCCUGUCGCAAAGCUUGGGUACUAUGAGCCAUUGAAAGGGGAAUAUGAUAAAUGCAACCGGACAUACGGCUAUAUAUGUCAAUAUGAGCCCAUACCUGUCGCUGAGUGUGCAGCACUAGAAAUACCAGAUAACGGUUAUAUCAAUGCCUCGGAUAAUCGAACUGUCGGAAGUGUCGCCACAUUAGGAUGUAAUCCCGGGUACAUUGACGUGAAUGGCCAGGACACCGUCUCCAGAACAUGUCUCAAGAGUGGCCUCUGGAGUGGACGAUCCCCAGAUUGCAAAGAUUUCAGACCUGUCGAAACCACAACUACACCAAUUCCUACGACUUCGACUACAAUGCCAUUAUUUCAACCACAUAAAGGCGCAAACGAGAGUUCCUGUGCAAAAGACAAGUAUGGAGACAAGCCAACAGUCUAUUUAUAUUGUAACCAUGGAGAAAUGAUCAAGGUCACAAACGCAACAUUGCAUCCUGAGAGGACCAGCAAAUCAUGUGACGUUGAGAAUACUCCAGAUUGUACACAUAAUUUUACUGAAAUAGCUGCUGCGUACUGUGAGUAUAAAGAAAUUUGCCGAAUGCCAAUACAGAUGCAGAGCUAUAUCACUACAAACAAGGGGAACUGUUGUGAGGAAAUCUGGUGUCACGAAAUAGAUUACUUUUGCGUAGAAGCUAUGUGUAGAGAGCCACCAUCUCCCUUGAACGGUACCGUAGUGAGAAAAACUCUUCAACCAGGAAAGAAUGAGAGGUUCAACUCAUGGGAUAGAAAUGGCCUGGCAACGUACACCUGUGACAAAAAUUUUGAGUUGGUCGGCCAAGACAUAAGGACUUGCGACCGUAGCAUAACGUAUCAUUACGGUCCGCCUGAAUUUGUGUUUAAAUGGAAUGGAGUAGCUCCAAUGUGUAACAUUAGGAGAAACCUGUGCCCGUCAACGAACAAUAAGAUAGAGGUACAUGGUCAUAUGUGUUAUGAGUUCUUCGAGCAACAGAGUACAACCCACGAUCAAGCCCAGACUGCGUG